AGAGGAAUAAGAAACAGGAAGUAGAAGAAGAAGAAACAGGAAGUAGUAGUAGAAGAAGAGUCGGAGCAGCUUCAGCAGUUUGUGGUUUUGUCUUUUUAACAAACAUUAAAGUUAGAAAUUACAAUUUAAAAACAGAGAAAGUGACUGACCAAGAAGAGGAGCGACUGCUACACGUUCUACCAACAUGAAGCUCAACAUCGAGGGUCUGUUGGUGUAUUUUCCAUAUGACUACAUCUAUCCUGAGCAGUACUCCUACAUGCUGGAGCUGAAGAGGACUCUGGAUGCUAAGGGUCAUGGAGUCCUUGAGAUGCCGUCAGGAACAGGGAAGACCAUCUCUCUGCUGUCUCUCAUUGUUGCCUACCAAAAGACCUUUCCUUUGGAAGUGACCAAGCUAAUAUACUGCUCCAGAACAGUUCCUGAGAUCGAGAAGGUCGUGGAGGAGCUGAGGAAGUUGAUGGAGUAUUAUUCCAAGGAAACAGGACAGAGCAACAACUUCCUGGCUCUGGCACUUUCCUCCAGAAAAAACCUCUGCAUCCACCCGGAGGUGAGUGCUCUGCGCUUCGGUAAGGAGGUUGAUGGGAAGUGCCACAGUCUGACAGCAUCCUACAUUCGUGCACAACGCCACAGCGACCCCGACGUGCCUGUGUGUCAAUUUUAUGAGGAUUUUGAUUCAGUCGGCCGACAGGUGCCUCUUCCUCCUGGCGUCUACAACCUCGACGACCUGAAGGACUUCGGCAGGAGGAAAGGCUGGUGUCCUUAUUAUCUGGCACGCUACUCAAUCCUGCACGCCAACAUUGUGGUGUACAGUUACCACUACCUGCUGGACCCCAAGAUAGCUGACCUGGUGUCCAAAGAGCUGGCCAAGAACUCUGUAGUGGUGUUCGACGAGGCUCAUAAUAUAGACAACGUGUGCAUCGACUCCAUGAGUGUGAACAUCACCAGACGAACACUUGACCGCUGCCAGACCAAUGUGGACACUCUUCAGAACACCAUACUCAAGAUAAAGGAGACGGACGCUGCCAAACUGAAUAUGGAGUACAGGCGAUUGGUGGAGGGGCUGAAGGAAGCCAAUGUUGCCAGGGAAACGGACAUCUACCUCUCAAAUCCUGUGUUACCAGAUGAAAUUCUUAAAGAGGCAGUCCCUGGAACUAUUCGCACAGCAGAGCACUUUGUUGGUUUCCUGAGACGUUUCCUGGAGUAUCUGAAGUCCCGUCUGAGAGUCCAUCAUGUAGUACAGGAGAGCGCCCCGCAGUUCCUCAAAGACAUCUUCGACAAAGUCUGCAUCGACCGCAAGCCUCUCAGGUUUUGUGCAGAGCGGUUACAGUCGUUACUACGAACUCUGGAGAUUGCCGACAUCGCAGACUUCUCAGCUGUUACUCUCAUCUCUAACUUUGCUACCCUGGUCAGCACCUACAGCCAAGGUUUCACCAUCAUCAUCGAGCCCUUUGAAGACAGAACUCCAACCAUCGCCAACCCUGUGCUGCACUUCAGCUGUAUGGACCCGUCUAUUGCCAUCAAACCUGUUUUUCAAAGAUUUCAGUCAGUCAUCAUCACCUCGGGGACUCUCUCUCCGCUGGACAUCUAUCCCAGAAUCCUUGACUUCCGCCCUGUUACCAUGGCAUCCUUCACCAUGACGCUGGCACGGACCUGCCUCUGUCCUCUGAUCGUUGGAAGGGGAAAUGAUCAGGUGGCCCUGAGCUCAAAGUUUGAGACCAGAGAAGACUUUGCUGUGAUUCGUAACUAUGGCAACCUACUUCUAGAGAUGUCCGCGGUCGUUCCCGACGGCAUCGUGGCGUUCUUCACCAGCUACGUCUACAUGGAGAACAUCGUGGCGUCCUGGUAUGAACAGGGCAUCCUGGAGAACAUCCAGAGAAACAAGCUGAUCUUCAUUGAGACUCCAGAUGCUGCCGAGACGAGCAUGGCCCUGGAGAAAUACCAGGAGGCAUGUGAGAACGGCAGAGGAGCCAUCCUCCUGUCUGUGGCCAGGGGAAAGGUGUCUGAAGGAAUAGAUUUUGUGCACCACUUUGGGCGGGCAGUCAUCAUGUUUGGAGUUCCUUAUGUUUACACGCAGAGUCGCAUCCUAAAGGCUCGUCUGGAGUACCUUCGGGAUCAGUUUCAGAUCAGAGAGAAUGACUUCCUGACGUUUGAUGCCAUGCGUCACGCGGCCCAGUGUGUGGGCAGAGUCAUCAGAGGCAAGACCGACUACGGACUCAUGAUCUUUGCUGACAAGCGUUACGCCCGAGCAGACAAACGUGGGAAGCUUCCUCGCUGGAUUCAGGAACACAUCAGUGACGGCAGUCUGAACCUCACCGUGGACGAGACCGUCCAGCUCUCCAAGCACUUCCUGCGACAGAUGGCUCAGCCUUUCAGACAGGAGGACCAGUUGGGUCUGUCUCUGUUGACUCUCGAGCAGCUGGAGUCGGAGGAGAUGCUGCAGAAAAUCACUAAGAUCGCUCAUCAGAACUGAAGGUGACAUAUUUAUACACUGCGUAAUGUCAUCACCCAUGAUGAGGUCAGCAGCCGUUACAAUGACAUCAUGAGAACUGGGUCAGAUGCAACUUUAAACCUAUUUGGUGUGCUAGAUGUUCAGGGUUUACCACAUCAGGGCAGUUAUAGUAGAUAUGGGUCAGAAAGUUGGUUAUCACAAUAUAAACCAAACUCCUUCAAAGAAGCUCUUUUUCUUUAUGUAUUUAACUCCACCUAUCUGGUUAACAGAACACGUGUUGGCCCAGUUCUAGUUGUUACAGUAAGGAUUUCUGACUGUAGUAAUAGUAAUUAUACAGGUCUGAACCUCAGAAAAAGCACAAGCAUUCAGUAUUUCAUGUCACUCACUGUCAUCCAUAAUGAAUCCUUUCCAUUAUUAUGACAAAACCUUUACUUGACAUUAAACUCCUGAAGCAUUUUUAGAGUACUGUAGUUUAAAGAAAACCACAUUUAUUACUUUUCGAACCAGAAAUGAAUAAAGGGAAAAGUCGCCACCGUUUUAUGUGGAAGGCCAAUCAGUGCUGAUGGUAAAUGUGCUCGAUUGAAGCAAUACAUUCCUCAGUGCGUGCUGUAUUGACAGAGAAAGCGGAGUCGUGCCAGAGGAUAUGGCCGGCGGGGACCUUCCGGGCAUCAGAAGCUCGUGCGCAAUGCAUCCUGGUACAUGUAGGCACUGCCAGCACAGCUCCGCAAGCAGGAGAGCUCAGCUUUCUCGGUCAAUAUAGCGCACACUGAGGAAGUAUUGCAUCAAUUGACUAAAUUUACCAUCAACACUUUAUUGAACAUCCACAUAAAAGGUACAAAAUGUCCCUUUAACGCAUGUUGAGCUGAUACGUAAACAAGACAAGCAAAUGUGUUAAAAAUAAGUUGUAUAAACUACAGAAAUGUUUCAUCUGUGGGUGUAACAUCGGUCCAUAUAGCGUCUGUCAUACAGACAAGACUACUGUUAGUUUCCUUUGCUACUGCAACUGUAACUGUAUAUAUUCACAUUUUAUACUGAACAUAUUUGUGUAUCUGUUUUUCAAACAGGAAGUUGGAAAAUAAAUGUUUGUAUUUAA